AUGCCUCCGCCAUGGAUUCUCGCUGCCAUCGUCGUCCUCGCCACAGGCAUCGUCGCCCCAGUGGCUGGCCGUGCACCGCGUGCGCUCGCUGGCUCGGUCACGGUCGCCCCGCACGACGGCUUCUCCGUCCUCUCCUCGCCGCUCUGCCCCUGCUCGCUCAACUUCACCUUUACCUCCUCGUCGGGCAAUGCGUCUGCUGCGGCCUUUGAUCUCUACAUCCUCACCCAUACCCAGUACGGCGAGCUAAUCCGCUUUGCCGACGAAGCCGUCUUUCUUGUUCUCGGGCCGAGUGCCGGCUCGACCGCCAGCCAGGAUGUGGUCUACCGCGUCUCCAUUCGCCCGACCGGGACUUGCAUCGCCGCCAUCGCCGGCAUCGCCACCCUGUGGUUGGUGAUUGUUGUCGGCGUGGCGGGCGUGUGCUGUGGCUACUCGCUCUACCGCCGCAAGCACGCCCGGCCCAUCGCUGGUCAAAGCAGCGGUGAGUCGGUCAACGAGGCAUCGGCGCUGGUGGCCGGUUCGGGAGGCACACACGCUGAGCUCGGGCACAAGCCGCACAUCGACGCUCGGGUCUCCAUCAAGACGCUCGUCACUCGCCGGCCAUUCCCUGUCCCGCGUGAGCCAUUUGCCACUUGGUGCCGGCACGAGCACCCAUACCUCUGGCCGUUCUACCCGUACGCCGACGAGCCGCUCGUCAAGUCGGACCGGAUCAUGGUCACCCUCACCGCAACCGCCGUCAACGUUCUGAUCAACACGGCAUGGGCGUCGGGCAUGACCUCGGACUCGUCACAGUCCUCGUUCUCCACCUCGGCAAGCUACCCGCGGGUCAAUCUUGUCCACUACCUCGCCAUCCUGCCGCUUGUGGUCAUCGCCAAGUCGCUCACCGCCCUUGCCGUCUACCAUCUGUACUUGGCAGCGGCCUGGGCUCGCGCGAGGCGCGAGGCCAAGAGCGACGGGCACGAUCCGCCGAUUGUCCUCGGCUUCUCCAAGGCUGCGCUCAUCACGCUUGCUGCAUCGGUUGCCGUCUUUGGUCUCCUUCUUUUCAUCUACAUCCUCAUCAUUGUUGCCAUGAUCCACCUCGCCGAAGACGAGAACUGCUACCAGGUCGUGGUCGGCACGCUCUUUGGCAUCCUCCUCGCCGAGUUCCUCGACAUCACCGUGGUGUUUGCCGCCCGCGCCGGCGCCCUUUACAAGGUCCUGCUGAUGCGCGGGAGUGGGGCCGAGUAGCGCAAAGGACGGCGUCCCUCGACUCGCGUCCGGCAACAGGCGAAGCGGCAACGCCAUCUUGCUUUCAUUGAACAGGCUAUCAGUUAGAA